AUGAAAUGUCAGCCAGAGUUGACUUCUGUCGUGCCACCCCAAAUGUUUCCACUGGAGGAAGAUCAAUUGUUUCCGAAAGAACUUGCUUGCAAUGGGAAACGUAUACCUGACACAUCACUAUUGCAGAAACAUCUGGAAUUAGGUGGAUUAAUAACAGAAAAAGCUGCACUAUUGCUUAUUAAUGAUGCUGCAUUGUUGUUCGCUGAUGAACCUAACGUGCUGCAUCUACAGGAUCCUAUUACUAUUAGUGGUGAUAUUCAUGGACAAUAUUACGAUCUUUUGACGUUACUGUGUAUGGGUGGAGACCCUAGUAUGACUCAGUAUCUAUUUCUUGGUGAUUAUGUAGAUCGUGGUCUUUUCUCUUGUGAGGUAACGCUUCUUCUUUUCGCUUUCAAAAUUCGAUAUCCAAAAACGUUUUGGAUGUUACGUGGUAAUCAUGAGUGUCAUUCCCUUUCUUAUAAUUUUACCUUCCAUGAUGAGUGUGUACACAAGUAUGGAGAAACAGUCUAUAAUGCAUUUCAGACAGCAUUUGAUCGUCUUCCACUAGCUGCUGUGGUUUCAUCAGUAUUUUUGUGUGUUCAUGGUGGAAUAUCACCAGAUAUAAAAACUGUGGAUGAUAUAAACGAUAUUGAUCGCGUACGGGAACCACCCAAAUCUGGACCCAUGUGUGAUCUUCUCUGGUCUGACCCUAUGGAAGAAGAAGAAGAAGAAAUGUUUCCUGAUGUAUUAUUUCUGGAUAAUAAAAUUCGUGGUUGCUCUUUUGUAUUCUCCAGUAUUGCAGUGGAGCGAUUUUUGGCUGUAAACAAUUUGAUUGGUGUGAUACGUGCUCAUAAGGCACAAUUUGAGGGAUUUCGUAUGUUUCGAAAGGUUGAAGAAACAGAAUUUCCUUCUGUUAUUUCUAUUUUUUCAGCACCAAACUAUUGUGGUACCUAUGAUAACAGGGGAUCUAUUUUGCAAAUUAAUAAAAAGGUGUUGCGUGUGAGACAGUUCAGUGCUGUAACUCAUCCCUAUGUAUUGCCUGACUUUAUGAAUGCCUUUACAUGGUCACUACCUUUUUUGUUUAAGAAACUUGAAGAGAUUCUGCAGAUAAUCAUGGUAGAGGAUCAAGUCCCUUUGAAUACAUGUGUGAUUAAGAUCUCCUGA